UUAGUUUGCCAUUUGUUUUGAAAAAUAAAUAUUUCUUCAAAUAAAAAGUUAAAUACUUUUUGUAUAAAGCGGAUGAUUAUUGCAGGGGAGGCAGCUGCUAAUUAUCAUCUGACCGACGAAUGACCUGCAACGACAGCUGUUUAGAGCACAGAUAAUCACUCAGAAAUCUCAUACAAUGACUUUAUGAUUCCCUUUUAACAUCAUUUCAGCUGUUAUGUUAGAUUCCCUGUGGCUAUAGAAUUCUACACAGAGUUUCAGUUUUUUCCCGAAGUAUGGAGAUUCUUUGCGUUAAACAAUUUCGUUUAAAAUAUAAAUAGAUCGGAAUAUGAAAAAAGUUGGUCUAAAAUAACACAAGGAGGAAUGCAAGUGUCAACGUGGGUCACCUGGAAGAUACGUUUCUAAGUUUCUUUUCAAAGUUUAAAUAAAGCAACAAUCGUCAAGUUUUAUUUAAUUGGCGUGAACCAAAAGAUCCAUGGCUUUCCCAUUAACAUCUAUUGACAAUGGCUUAAGACCUUAUUCGGGUAAGCUAUACUGACUAAACAUGUCAUUGAUUUUCUGUGCGUGCUCAUCUGAAACGUGGACACAGACCGGGCCUUCCGAGAAAAAAAUUAACAAUAUGAAGACAAUUUUAUGUCGAAAUAAUAUCUUUGAUAGGGUAACUUAAAUUUAAAACACAAUACUAGUCCUACCAGUUUUUAAAUGAUUUGGAUCUAAAACAAACAGAACAAAGAAUCUAUUAAUAUCCUAAAUGUGACUUUUCACAAAUGCCUUGACAUUUGUGCAAAAUUCUCACUAGAAAUCAUCCAGUGCGUUUUGAUUAAAUUCAAUAUUAUCCAUUAAGAAAUGUAGUACUGAUGUUGACCCCUCUUCGCACACGCGCGAGCACACACACUCCACGAGACCUUAUUAGCAGGUCAAAUAAGUCAUUCAAACUUGCUUGCUUUGGUAAAUUAACGCUCACUCAGAUGAGGGAGAUGUCCGGCUAUUGGCCAAGAGUUAGAGGGCACGUCAUCCCUAUCCAUCACCGAUCGAAUGUUUCUACAAGGCAUGUCCCUGUCUAGAUCUGUGCCUCUGUCCUUUUGCGCGCUAUGUGUGGCAUCUGUGGAUGGAGUUUCUGUCGCGUCCAGCCUCGAAUGAAAAUCUGGAAUAUAUGAGAUGCGGCCAUGAAUUCUUAUCAAGGGUUCAGGGACACAACGUCACUUUUCAAGGGCUAUCAUGCUACUGGAGUAAUGCGUCUGCAUCAGGACCACGGAGCUACUACUACUGACUUCCCAAGCAGAGAGGAGGGACAUGUCAACAACACCGAGGCGGAUUUUCUUCAAUACCAUUUCACGAAUCUCAGUGCCACGGCCACAGGCGCGUGUUCAAAGCCCUGUGAGGACCUUGGUCCUGCUAACUCGACCAGACCCCCCUUCCCCCAUAAUCAAGAUUUCUAUAGACCAGUGCACCCCGUCCGACCCCAAGUCCCCUCCUUCCAAAGCUGUCGUGAGCAGGGUCUCUCCAGAACGGGCUUCUCGCCUUCCUCAGACACUUUAAGAACUUUCUCCGGCGCGCUUUGUGAACUCGGCCCUGUCAACAACACACACCUCGAAGUGCUCACACGCGACGGCCCAGUGCAUCACCCUCCAGUCAAGGACAAUAACACCAGACACGAGGCUCUUAACACGUUAAAUGAGACUUUACAAAGUGAAAAGACAUUCGACUGGAUGAGAGUGAGGAGAAAUCAGUCCCGUGCAGCUAAGACACAACUGGGCAGCUGCUCGGACCCGGAGCUGAAGACGGACCACGGACGAGAUCCUGACGAGGACCCCUCGAGUGGAGCCCCGCGAACUAAUUUCACCACCAAACAACUGACAGAACUGGAAAAGGAGUUUCAUUUCAACAAAUAUCUGACUCGAGCUAGACGGAUAGAGAUCGCGAACACUCUCCAACUGAGCGAAACACAAGUGAAGAUCUGGUUUCAAAACAGACGCAUGAAACAGAAGAAAAUGCUGCGGGAAGGCCUCGUUCCGGGAUUAAUGCUGGUUUCUGCCUGUGAUGAGGACUCGAAAAAAACAGACACUUGUUCAUCUCCUGACAAAAGAUAAUUUCAGUUGGGUAAGAUUGUUGGAACGGCUGCACUAAAAUAUUAACAAUCACGUGAAUAUCAUGCGCGAGAGCAAGGGAGUGAUAUUGAACAACUCAAACACCCAAAAUGAAGUUUUCCCACUAAACAUAAAUAUUUAUCUAUUCACUUGUAUUGUUUAAGAAAGUAAAGCAGUGAUUCUCUAUGAGAAAAAAUGAAGUUUGCUCACCUGUUGAGGCAAGCGGAGAAAUCAUGAAUUAAAAUGCACUUUAUAGCUAUGUCUUCCUUUAUUGUUUUAUUUGCUAUAUGUUUUUAUCAUUCUGAAUUAAAGACCAGAAACUGAAUCAAUUAAUAGAUCUCAUCAGGGUCAGAAAUUAAUCCGGUUCCAGGGCAAAAGUGACAAGAAAAGUGACAUUUAAAAAAUAAAAAGUGGAGAAAAAAGUGAGUUUUUUUUAAUAUUUUAUCUAAACUAUUAUUCCGUUAUGCCUUUUUAGUUAGUGUGUGUUUAAAAUAUUUUACUAAAAUGUACAGCGUAACAUAAUAUUUCUGACACUCAUCUGAUUAUUAUUCCUGGCUCUAAAACAAAACCGUGUUGAUUUGUUAAAAUGUCUCUAACAAUCACUUUAUUUUUAACAAGCAGCGAACUGACUAUCUGAGAAAAGGUAUAGCCUAACUAUUUUUGAACAUAUUAGCUUACUAUUUUAAAAAUGCAAUCAUGUAUGGAAUAAAGCAUCCUUACAGUAGCCUAUCUGAUGCGGACAGAUUUAAAAAAUCUCAAAUUUAGACGCACAAUCAUACGCGCGCGCACACGAGAUCAGAUUUAGAAACACUCAACAGGUUUGCUGCUGUUUCGCAGACGUACUGUGUCUGUCAUAUUCAUGCUGCUUGUGCUUUUAUCUGCGAAUAAAGAGCGCCGCACAAUGAUCGGUGAUACUCGUCUUUCUAAAUAAUGGCGAAAAGCUGUCAACGUACAAAGUGCCUCCACUUAGCCGUGUAUUUUCACCAAUUUAUUGCUGGAAGAGGUUAAAUCGAGUGCCAUGGGUUGAACCUUCUGAUACCAACUCCUCAUUUUGAUACAGAAUCAAAGCAGUGCAUUGAGAGCUAGAAGAAUAAAGUGAGACUUUCUUGUGAUUAUUAUUAUUUUUUUGGCACCGUUUACAUUUCGAACGCAUAGCCUCGGUGUAUUUUAUUCGGAUGGCAUCUUUUAGAUAUACUUUAUCAUAAUAACUGAACUUUAAAAUGUUAUGGAGAACUGCAGUUUCUCCUCUUCUUCUCACUAUGUUAUUCGAUGGACAAAACAUUUGAUCUGGGAUGAGAGAUUUCUAAAAGAUCGAUUUAUCGAUGUGGUGUGGAUUUAAGUUGAUUGACUUUUAAUUGAUUUUUCUUGAUGGGUUGAAUAAUUACAGCAUUUUAAUGAAAGUCGUAUUUUUCACUCAUUUAUUGUUUAUCACUAAAAUGAAAAUAAUGCACAUGUUCUUCACAAUAUCAGUGUGAAAUUAAAAUGAACAUUUUUUUCACUGCAUGAAUUCCAUUUUUGUUUUGCAUAACAAUCGUUAAAGAUCAUUUUAAUUUGAAGGAUUUUGCAAAUUACCCCCUUUAUAUCAAAGCAAAUUCUCUAACAAAAGAGCUACAGUCUAGGGAAAAGAUAAAUGAUCUGAACUGUGAAAAUGAGUCUUUGUAAAUGAUAUUAAAUACACUUAAAAUUUUCUAGCAGCAUUAAAUCGAGAUGCGUUAAUCAAACAUUAUACCAGCGAAUAAAAUUAAUUGAAAUAAGCGCUCUUCUUCUAUUUUUGGAGUUAUUACUGUGACUUCAAAGCCAUGUUAGGAACCUUAUAUGCACGAAGCACGACUUGCAUGCCUGAGCCUGCUAAUAUAUGCAGUUACUCCAGAGUUCACCUUUCACCUCUUGACCUCUGUUUUGCCUCGAGACAGCAGUGACCCGGUCAGUGGCUCACAGAGAAAGGCUGCAUUAUUAAUAUGUGUCUCGGUGUCUUCACACUUCUUUCAAUUUUAAAACGCUUCUUCUCGUGUUACAGUGUUAAUUUAAGCUGUGCAAAAUUAUAUAAUGAGAUAAUUUAUUAAAGUAUCGUUUCAAUCUAAUAUCGUUAACAAUAAUAAUAGUUGUUUAUUCAUCUAUACGUUUUCUUUAUAUCAUUUGAUGCAUAAUCUUUUCUGG